AUGCAUCGCAAACCUCUGUUUGAAACUAUAUGGAACGAAAUGCUCGACUCAAAUGCCUUAAUGGCCAUCACUGUUUUUGUCGGUGCUGUCUCAUUUUAUAUGUUUCUGACGAGAAACGACCAUCAGGACCGACGACGUGAGUCACCACCACCAACUCCAAAGAAGCAUGGAGCCUCUUUCCUUAGAAGGAUUCACCUGGGAGAGUUCAGUGGCCGUACAAUCUGUAUUUCUUGGGAGACUUUGGUGGAGAAACACGAAUGGAGGGAUUGCGCUAAGGAAACGCUUCUGGCAUUAUCAUCCAAUAUGAUCGUUUAUCUUAUGUGUCACAUUAGCAAUGCUAAUGAGAAAGGUAAGGUUCUUUCGAUGGUGAAGGAUAUACCGCAACUCGCACGACAUAAUAUUCUUUUCUGCGAAACGGAAAAGGGGUAUGAGGCGUUUAGUCGGCAAAUCAAACCGGCUAUUCUAGUUACACAUGACUCUGCACAGGCGGAAUUUUUAAGUCUUGUCUUACCCAACGUUGUUCUGGUGGGUUCCAGUGCAACGGGUUCAGCGAUGACGAGCAUCUCUUCUUUAUCCGAACUGUUGUUCUGA